AUGAAAAUAAAAAAAGUAUUCUCCAAUAUUAGCAAAAAGUUUGCUCAUACAGAAAAAAACGAUGAAUUUCAUGAUACUGCCCAAUCAGAUGGCACUGAUUCGCAAGAAGGAUUGUGCAAGCCUGCGCCACACUGUAUCGUUCAGAAAAUUCACAAAUUAGAAUUAAAAAAAAUAAUUGAACGUUUAGAUGAAAAGAUUGAAGAAUUUCAAGAAUUUCAGGCUGAUUGGAAUGAAAAAAUUUCGAAUUUUAUAGCUCAUGAUUUAGCGAAUACGUUUAAAUCGACACCCAAGAGAUUAGAACAAUAUGGAAAGGACGUAGUUAAUAUUAUUUCUGCGAUUGGACAUGGAACUUGGUCGAAGGAUGAUCCGAAAGCUAUAGGAGAUGUUAGAACUAAUUUAUCUUUGUAUAUUUCGGAUUUUUUUGAUACAUUACAUGGGUGGUCUAGAGAAAACGUUCUUUGUGAAGGAGCAAAAUGUCAUCGAAUUGGAUCCAGGAUUGAAAAUUUGGCGAAUAAAAAUAGUCCUUAUCUACCACAAAGUCCUUGGGGACCAGAAACUGCAUUGAAAGGAAAAUAUGCGAAAAUUUAUUGGAACGUCAAAGAUCUUUCAAUGAAAUAUCCAUUGACGAUUGAUCCAAAACAUAAAGCACUAUCCUGUACUGAAAAUUGUGAACCAUUAAGUGGAGAAAUCUAUCGUUAUUUUGCAUUUCUUGAUCCUUAUAAACUUGCACUUACAGUAAAGGAGGAUAAUACAAUUGGCAUGGAAAUUUAUGAUUUUACAAAUCCUGCGCAACUUUGGAGAAUUGAUCAUAAUUGGUCAUCAACAGCUGUACUUCUUGUUGAAAACAAAGAAACAAGUACAUAUUCUAUUGGAUAUACAAGAAAUAAUAAAGAUAUUAAAUACCCUGAUAAAGUAAAAGAUCUCACACUUGUUACUGUUCCAUUAGUCUCUUGGAGAAAUUCUGAAAAUAAAUUUGCGGGAAUAAUCGAUCAAUCUGAUGGCACUAUAGGGUUCUCAGAUGGUGAAUAUUUCGAAAAUGUUGGAAUUAUACCAGGAUCCGAUCAGCUGUUUUUGUUCGUUCCUCAUCCAGAUUUUGCAGAUAAAGCUACAAUUGUAGCACAUAAUGGCAAAUUUUUGAGUUUUGUGCCAACGUCUGAAGGGCCAACCAUAUAUGCUAAUAAUGAUUUGAAAGAUACUAAAAAGUUGGCGUUUUCUUUGUUUGGUUACGAACAAAACAUCUGGCCACGGCAAGUACAUUUCAUCACAUCAGCACAUUAUUUAGCAUCUCGAUUUUCACAAGCCCUAAUCGCAAUCACUAAGCCUUCUACCAAAGUAACCCGCGUACGUAUCUGGAAGGCAGAUCCGUCUGUUAAAAAAAUUGGUGUAAGAGACAUUGACCUACAUAAUCAAGAUAUUACCAUCGGACCAUCAGAUUCAUGGUUUGAAGUUAAAGCUGACUGUCCCCCAAUCCAUCCGGAUCAUGAUGGUAAUUUUUUGCUUGAGUUUGAUGAUACACCAUCAACUGUCCCAGAAUCGAUUUCUCACACAAGAUUUGAUGCCGUUCACUGCUUUGGUGUUUGUCGAUAUGUGUUCAACCUAUUGUUUAGUGACCUGGAAUAUCUUGAUGGUAGACUACCAGAAGUAAAAAAACCGUGGGGCGAAAAAAAGUUAUCAAUCAUUCCUCAUGCGGGACAAGAUGCAAAUGCCUUUUAUGAUCGUGAAGAGGGAUCACUUAAAUUUUAUUAUAUCGUUCAAGAUGAAAAACCUUUAUUUCUUUGUCGUUCACUCGACAUUGUUGCACAUGAAGCCGGACACGCAUUUCUAGACAUUCUUCAAAUGGAAUGGUUAGUUGAAGGACAAACUGGUGCACUUCAUGAAGCUUUUGGAGAUUUGACUACAAUGUUUACGAUUCUCUCUAUGGAAGACAUGGUUAAGCUUUUAAUCGACACCACAAAUUCUAAACUUGGAUCUGCUGAUAAUUUUGUGGCCGCUGUAGGUGAAGAAUUUGGAGAUUUAGUAUAUAAAAAUAAAGGGAAGGGUAUAAGAAAUUUAUCAAACCAGUUUAAAGUGUCCACUGCUGGAACUGAAACACACAUAUUAUCUUUGGUUUUUAGUGGUUUCAUUUAUGACGUAUUGGUCGAUAUAUUUGAAUUAGAAAUGACAUCUGACAGGGAUCACUGGCAAACACUUUUUGAGGUUGCACAAAAUUUACGACGCGCGUUAAUAAUUGCGAUUCGAGUUAGUUCACGAGAGCCAACCGAAACCAAAUUUCAAGAAAUUGCAACCAAUCUGGCUAUUGCAGUUGGUACAUUGGGUAGGAGACUAGGUGUUAAUCUGGCAGGCUGGCAAAGGGUUAUUAGGAAAAGAUCCUUGAUAAGGGAGUUAAUUACUACUGGGCACUAUCAUGUUAGUAUAUGA